AUGAAACUCUUCCCCUGCUUCAGCAAGUGCUUUUGUUGCCUUGGCUUCCUCUUUAUGGUUCUGCGAGAGUCAGGAAGCCUGAACUCAGACAGCCCCGAGUGCAGCCAAAGAGAUGACAACCCAGCGUGCGCAGGGUCCCUGGUGGCCAUGCCUCUCCCUUCUCCGGAAGGGGGCUGUGAUGGGUUGGGGAGCUGCAAGCUCCACGUCCUGGGGCCUGAGGAGCCAGCAGUACCUGAGGAGGUGCAGGAUGUCCCUGCUGGCGAGCAGCAGAUGGAGUUCAAGCAGAUCCUGAAGCACACUGGAGAGCUCAACAAACAAAGCUCUUCCAGGACCAGGACCCUGAUGGACCGACUCAGCUUGGUGGAAACCAGAGUGGUUUCCAUGGCAUCGGGCCUACAGAAGUUGCAGGAGGAGAGCCGGCUUAAUCUGCACCGCUUAGAGGAGCAGCUCAGCUCCUUGGUGGCCCUGCUGCUGGGGAUCCUCUCUGGCUGCAAGCUGCCUUGCAGCGAAUCAGUCCUGAAGGCAUCCAUUCUUGGUGAGUACAGCAGGGGGGUUAUCCACUUCCCAUUCUGCCUGACUGUGAAGAGUGAGAUUCUUCUCUCUCUUCACAAACAGUCCAGGUUGGGCUGGGGUGUGAUCUGAAGGUUCAUGGUGCAGCAGCCUUGCUGAAGCUAAGCAGAUCUGUCUGGCAAGUGCCUGGAGGGGAGAUCUCCUGGGAAUCCUAUGUAUUCCCAUAGUCCCACCCUGACACUGAGAUCCAGCUCUGAGGGCCUUCUGGUAGUUCCCUCGUUGUGAGAGGUGAGGUUACAGGGAACCAGGCAGAGGGCCUUUUCAGUAGUGGUGCCCACCCUGUGGAAUGCCCUCCCAGCAGAUGUCAAAAACAUAAUCAGCUGUGUGAUUUUUAACAGACAUCUGAAGGCAGCCCUGUUCAGGGAAGUUUUUAGUGUGUGAUGUUGUAUUGCGUUUUUACUAUUUUUCGUUGGGAGAAAAGAGGGAUAGCUCAGUCAGUAGAGCACAAGACUCCUAAUCUCAGGGUUGUGGGUUCGAGCACCACAUUGGACAAAAGAUUCCUGCAUUUCAGAGGGUUGGACUAGAUGAUCCUCGUGGUCCCUUCCAACUCUACAAUUCUAUGAAGUUCUAAAUAAAGCCUUGUAAAUAGUUCACAGCAGUCUGCUGGGAUACAGCCCCCUACACAGAGCUUGGAGUGCUGAGCAGGGAGGGAAGGAGGCCAUGCCCCGCCAAGGCAGUCCUCUUGCCUUGCUUUGGUCAUGCUGCACCUGGAGUUCAGGUAGGCAAAAAGAGACAGGGUUCCUUGCGCAAAUCUUAUGAUGUGGCUGGACCAUGUCGGGUCUUUACUGAGCAUUCAUUCUGAAUGCUCAUUCUGUUUAUGAGGCGGUUAUUAUGACAAUGAACAUUUAUUCUUCAUCUUGAUUUGCUUCCAGGGUUCAAGGAGGUAGCCGUGUUGGUCUGCCAUAGUCAAAAUAAAUUAAAACAAUUCUUUUAAAAGAUAGUUAAAAAGGCUCUUCUUAAAAAGCAUGCACACACAAGAAAGCUUAUACCUAAAACUGCUCAGUUGGUCUCUAAGGUGGUACAUUGUAAGUUUUUAAUUCUUUCGGAAGGAUUCUUUUAAAGACUUUCUUAGAUCAUAUAACUUUUUUGAAGAUUUGAUUCUUUUAAGGGAGUUUUUAGGCUUUUAAGAAGAGUCUUUUUAACUAUCUUUUAAAAGAAUUGUUUUAAUUUAUUUUGCUUCCAGGGUGUUUUCCUGUGGCUCCUUUGUUCCACCCUUGGUCAUAUUCCUAUUUAAGCCCAUGCUGAAGUCUCACAAGGUCAACUUAGCACACAUACCAAGUGAGCUGAGCCUGGCAUUGUCAUGAACCUACAUCCUGGCCAGAAUAAACCAUGGAGAAAAUUCCAGUGCUUGCUUUGCACCAAAGCAGUCACCUAACCAGCUCCACACUGCUGAAUCAAAGUCACCAUGCACUCAAGUGGUCCUGUGAAUGUGUCUUGUCUCCCACUUUGGUUCAACGAGGACAGGCAAAGCCUUCAAACCCUCAGAGUCCUCAUCCCGCCUCUGCCUGGCUUUUUCCUCCACCAUUUUUCAUUAUUUCCUUCCCCCUCCCCACUUCUUCUGCUUGAGAUGUUCCACUCGUUUUCUCUUUUGAUGUCUAACAUCUCAACAGUCCGUGUUCCGCCAGGAAUUUCCGGACAGAUGGAUGCUGUAUUGAUGAGCAAUAUGUUUGAAGAGUUUGCGGCUGACAUUUAUGGCUAUCAGGCUGACCGAUGAUGCAAUUCUUUCUGUUGGACACAAUCCCCCCACUGUUCAUCAUUUCCUUCAGAUAGUGCCCUCUCCCACUCCACAUCCUCCCUGAUUAUACCAGAGCAAGAGAAGAACAAGAGGGACAGUGAUGCAAAGACGCUGUUAUGGGAGCAGACGGCACAAUGCCUGCCCAAGUUAUUUUGCUGCCAGAAGCAGAGUCAAAAAGGCAGAGCUAGUGGUAGCACCAGAUGCUGUGAAAUCAGGGCAUCUCGUCGCCUGCACACAGGGAACUCUGUGGCUCCUGGAUCUAUCUAGUGGCAGGGGAGGAGACCUGGUGAAAUCUUAGGGAAGGCUGCUGAUGACAGAAAAUAUCCACUUCCCAGCCUUAGAUGCCUAGGGCUUACAUUUGGGUCCUCAGAUGUGAAAUGCACGAACGUGUUUUUCAGUGUUUCCCACUUUAAACUACUGUAGGCCUCCAGGUGUUAUUGGACUUUAACUCUCACCAUUCCUGGGCAUUGGCCAAGGUGGCUGGGGCUGAUGGAAGUUGGAAUCCAAGAAAGCCACAGGUUCCCCAUCCCUGUCUCAUAUCCAGGUCUUUAUUGAGCAUGGUUUGUGGGGUGGUUAUCGAUGACAUUUGUGAGCACUGGGCCUGCAUUCAUCUUGAUUUGUUUGUGGGGUGUUUCCUGUUAGGUGUUUGUUCAUCCCAUAUUUUUCAAUGCACUUCCCUGCCACUUUUCAAACUGCUAUAAGUCUGGUUCUUUUUUAAAAAAAGCAGAUUUGUUGCCCUAAGGUGACAGAGCCCUUUAGUUCACCUUAACUGUGCAAACCUCAGGUUCUGGUACGUGCUUGAAUCCAUCCCACAAAAUAAUGGGAGUCCCAAGGCACCCUAAGAGAAACAAAAACAAGAAUGGUGUGUGUUGCAGGGGGCCAUGCGCCAAUGACACUCACAGGAAAAAAAUGGAUCUGAAUGUUCCACUUGGAAUGUAGAGCCCCCUUGUGUAGAAGCCCCCUUAAUGCCUGGGGGGAAGUUAUCCAAACACUUAGCAAAUCUGUAUAAUAACACUGCAUUGAACUAGCUCAGUCACAGACUAUUGAGAAUAGAGUGGGCAGUGGCUUUUCUCAAGAGCUUUGCAGCAAUCUCACUCACAGACUCCAAAUUAUCUCCCAGAUAUAGGGAAAGAGCACAAGAUUGAGGAGACACCAGCACUUACAGGUUAGUAUAAAUCUAUUAUGUAACUUAGACUACAAUCGUAUGAAACCUGAGAGGGAGACCAGGUCCCCUCUCUCCAUCAUGGUCCAUAAUCUUGUGUCCCUGAUGGUGUUGGGACUCCAUCAUCAGUAGGGCCACAAAGGGUGUGUGUCAGAGCAGUGUGUACCCCAAAGGAGUGUGACAGCAAGGCUUAGGUCUGAAAGAUUUGAAUCCUUCCUGGUACCCUAGAUACACGCCAAAACUUUGAAUAAAUUUACUCCAGCCCAAGAACUGGUGUAAAUUGAUCCCAUUUAUUGAGAGAGAAAUACAAUUUUAAAAAAUAAACUGACCUUUUUAAAGAAAAAAAAGGCAAAGGGAUGCCCUCACUUGCACCCAGCAAAAGAGCCUUUGGAUAUUCCUCACCGCUUCCAGUGCCUUUAGUAUUUAUAUAGCCACUCAAUAAACAUUCCCUGAGCGGCUUACAAACAAAUAAAAUAUAUAAUAAUUAAUUUUUAAUAUUUAACAACGAACAUAUAUAUAUAUCUUUCUUUGCAACAGAGGCAGCAUAAACAUAAACUUGCAACCCAAAUUAAACUAUGCUAGACCACAACAGCUGAAGAUUAAUUAAAACUACAAUGUCUCUCCUUCCUUAAGAUGACGCAUUUUUAUAUAACACCAUCAAUAUACAUGGUGCUUUAGUGCAGAAGGUUACAAUUUAAAAUGAAGCCAAAACAAGGAGGAGAAAAUAUGGGCUUUGGGGGAAGCCAGGAAAUGGCUUCGCACUUCAAAUUGGUCAAGUCACAGGAGGAAAAGGAUGCCUUACACACAAGGAUCUCCAGGUGUGCAAAUGGAACUCCCCACCUCUGCCUAGGACCCACCUAUUGUACAUUAUGUUUGAAGGCAGUCUGAGUGUGUGAAGCCCAAUACACAUUGGCCAGAACAACAUGAUAAUUUCUUAACUCUUUGGGGAGACCUCCCUUGAUUGCCAUAUCCAAUAGCAUGUUGAAGCAGGCAGCAGUGCCCCAAGAUUGCUCUGGAGGUGCAAUCCUGCUUUCCAGCCAAACAUCUAAGUCUACUCUCAUAGAAGUAUGUAUGUCUUGCCCCUGCCUUCAUAUUGCAGGAUACUCUUUGUCCCCUUUUUAGCAUAAGUGUAACAGUUUCUAGGUGCCAUAUCACAGAAAGAUCCCUGCAAGACAGGUCAUAUGUCCAGGACCUGUUGUUUCCAUUGCCAGGACCCUGUGGUUUAUUACAUCUUUCUGUGCCUUCCAGAUGGACCUAUGGUCCAAUUCAGUCUAAGUCAGCUUUCUAUGUUCCCAUGUACUUUCAGUGGAACCCUCUGAAAAAUCUGAGCACACGUAUCCUCGGGAUUGUGCAGAGAUCCAUAAACAGGGCAUCCGAGACAAUGGGAUAUACACCAUCCAACCCAUUCCCCUCCGUCAACACUUUGAGGUAAGGUAGGUAGGUUUGAGGUGUUUUAUCUAACGGAGUAAAUAAGAUAUGCAUGCAGCCAACUGGGUCUCUGUUCGGCCAAAGGUAGCACAAUUGCAAUAUGCAUUCAGCUCCUUGCUCCACUGGUUUGUGUUACUGCAUGUAAAAGUUGUAGCCAUACAUAAACUUUGCACUGGUUUGCUCCUAAAGUGGGCAUUCUCUAUUCAUCCUCCUCUGUAUUGCUAUUGUGAAUGAUAAUCUGCUAUGCAAUCCUGUGUAUUCUUACUCAGAAGUAAGUCCCACUCACUCACUGUAGAUUGCUUCCCUUGUUAAGAUCAUACAGCUUUUACUUUGCAUUAAUGAAUCUGGAGUAAAUAUCCUGCCUUGCCAUCAUUGAUGCAGAUUAGAACCUUCAUACACCGGCUCAUCAAAAUAUAUUGAAAGGGUGGUACAGUGGUACCUCGGUUCUCGAACGUAAUCCGUUCUGGAAGACCGUUCAAGUUCCAAAAUGUUCAAGAACUGAAAACUCAAUACAGAAGCCUCAAUUCAAUUGAGAAAAUUGAAAAACACACAGCGGAAGCCAUUUGACUUCCGAGGCACAUUUGAAAAUGGAAGCAUUUACUUCAGGGGUUUUCGGCAUUUGUCAACGGAGACAUUCGAGAACCAAUGUACCACUGUAGUAGGUGAGAAUUAUCCUUUUUAACAUUGCAUUUAUGGCCCUCUCUCCCCAUGAGCAAAGUGUGUCCCCAAGUUCCUUUUAGACUUGGACUUUGCAAAGUCCCCUAUCAAGAAAAAAAAAACUGGUUAGAUAUGUUCCCCAUGGCAAGAAAGAUUAUGUGCAGCCACUGAAAAUUCAAAAACCUAAUGCUAAGUGUGUGGUUCUUAAAACGGGAACAUCCACUACUCAGUUGAUUAAUUAGUAAAAUAAAUACAUGCCCAGAUGGGACACUCCUGCACUAAUGCUGCACAGAACAGACACCACAGAAUCAAAAAUAAGUAAAUCUAAACUGCUGAAAAUAAAAUUUCCAAAAUGGUGCAUGAACAGGCAGGCGGUGAGUUUCUGCCACUUACCAUUAAUCAUAUCUGAAUGGUUUUCAAAGGUUAUUUAGUGAGAGUAAUGAGAAUUCACUUCUGGAGCUCCUUAGCCCUGUUCCCCACUGAUGAAAAUAGUUCCUUAGAGCAGCCAAAGGCCAUUAAACCUGUUUAAGCACUUGAUGUUGCCUGCAGAGUGGAAAAUUUCCUAGGAGAGCAUGAUGUCACAGCCUGAUUCCAUGGGCUGGAGCAAGGGCUCUUUUUCAGGCGCUCCAGUGCUUCUGCCGAUUAACCUUCGUCUUGUGUAUUGCCAGGCUUACUGCGACAUGGUCACGGAUGGUGGCGGGUGGACCGUGUUCCAGCGCCGGCAGGAUGGCUCUGUGGAUUUCAACCGCACUUGGCAGGAGUACAGGCAGGGAUUUGGGAGCCUGCAAGGGGAGCACUGGCUGGGCAAUGAGCACCUCCACAGCUUAACCCGCCUGGGCCAGCAUGUUGUGCGCAUAGAGUUGGAGGACUGGCAUGGCGUCAAGCGCCAUGCUGUUUACCGCAAAUUCAAAGUGGCCAGCGAGGCCCACAAGUAUCGCCUGACAGCCCGGGAGUAUCAAGGCAGUGCAGGCAACGCCCUGAGCUACAGCCGCAACUACAACCACGAUCACAAGUGCUUCACAACUUGGGACAGCGACAACGACAACUACCCCAUGGGCAACUGCGGUGCGUACUAUGGGGCCGGCUGGUGGUUCGACUCCUGCCUGGCAGCCAACCUCAAUGGGAAGUACCACCACGGACGCUACACGGGGGUGACCAGCGGCAUCUACUGGGGAACAUGGUACAUUCUGGUUGACAAAAGGACCAAUCAGAAGUACUCCUUUAAGAAAGCAGAGAUGAAAACAAGGCCCGUCGGCUUUUAA